UGACGUUUCCUUUCCCGCCAACUAGACCAGCCAGGGACUGUCCCGGAGCCUCGGGCCGGAACACAAAGGCGGCUCCGCGGGGGAGCAGAAAGAGGGUCGGCCGGGCGCUUGGCCGUCCACGCGCGUCCCUCGCCCCGGCGAAGAGCGGCGCACAAAAGACUCGCCGCUCAGCCGCGCGCUAGGCGCUCCGCGAGGGACGCUUGCGCACUCGGUGCCCGCCGCCUUUGCGCCGGAGCAGCUGCGAACUCUGCCGGCUGGAAGGAGCGCCGCGGCUCGCGGGCAGGCGCCCCUCGCCCUCCUUCUCUUUCGCCCUUUUCCUUUGCGCGCCGAGCCAUGAGGCCUGUCGGUCUCCGUGAUGUGAGCAGGUGAGAAUGUCCGCCGACAAGUCCAAAUGAUAUUUCCAGGUGUUCUACUGAUCUUGGCACUGACAGAAGAACUGUUAUUUGGUGUUCAGGGACUGUCUCCCAGCUUAGCAUCAUCUCAAGACCUCGUGACAAGCAAUAUCAGCAUCUUGGCUAUAGGGAUGACUCCUCGACAGAGAGGCCAUCACAUGACUGAACCUUUACCCACAGCUGUUCUUGCAAGCUUCCAUUCCACCAGCUCAAUGGAGACCACUGUUCCUUCCAUUGGCCAAAAGAAGUCAACCAGCAGUCCUGCUGGCAACAAGGAACUGUAUCACUUAUACAACCAGAGUGCUCUGUUUUCUGGAAAGACUCGACCCAAGGGGAAAAUAUUUCAGGUUGUCAAAGACAACUUCACAGAAUUUACAGAGCCUUCUUUAAAGACAGGACUGCAUUCUCCUUCUCCUAACACAAGGAACCAGUCUCCAAAUCAUUCGUUUCAGACUCUGCCUACAACUCACAGAAACAGGAAUAGUUCUAUGCUGGUAACUACCACAGACUCCAGUGCUUCUUUCUACAGUGAUAUCUUGGAAGGCCUUAAAAAAACAGAGAAGGGGAAUUCAUCAGAAUUGGCUGUACAGGAAACAGAUCUCACAACCCCAGCAACUGGGCCUUCAACUACUCCCGAAAUGGUGACAGUGCCUUUUAAACCCCCGCGUUAUGGCAUAUGGGAUAUUUUAGAUAAAAAUAACUCUUUGGAAAUCGCAAACCAGACUAUAAACCAGGCACCCUUUUUUACCAGCCCUGGGACUGCAACAGUAGCAUCAACAUCUAAUCAUGAUGGACCAACGGGUGUUGAUGCUAAUGUUUCAUUGCAUACAACAGGAAGUCCUAAUGGAACAUCCAUGACAAUACAUCCCUCUUUGUAUAAUACCAGCUUGCCAAGCAGUGCACUCUCCACAGAGCCCUCCACAUGGCUUCCCUCUUCCACUUCGACAGCAACGGGAAAUUUCCUAAACAGACUUGUACCUGCUGGAACCUGGAAGCCUGGCAUGCCAGGAAACAUUUCUCAUGUCACAGAGGGGGACAAGCCACAGCACAGGGCAACAAUUUGUCUUAGCAAAGUGGAUAUAGCAUGGAUCAUUUUGGCCAUCAGUGUCCCCAUAUCUUCAUGCUCUGUCCUGCUAACUGUCUGCUGCAUGCGAAGGAAGAAGAAGACGUCUAAUCCAGAAAACAACUUGAGCUACUGGAACAAUGCUAUCACCAUGGACUACUUCAACAGGCAUGCAGUAGAGUUGCCGAGAGAGAUACAGUCCCUUGAAACAUCAGAGGACCAUCUGUCUGAGCCACGCUCCCCAGCCAAUGGCGAUUACAGAGACACCGGCAUGGUCUUGGUUAACCCCUUCUGUCAAGAAACACUAUUUGUAGGACAUGAGCAAGUGUCUGAAAUAUGACCCCAUCCUUGUACUAGUAGCCCCAUCUUUAUUGUAUUCAAAUUAUAAAUAUAAAUAUAUAUAUAUUAUAAUUAUAACCUUUGCGUAGCCCUGAAUUAUGGUGGGGGGGGGGACAUUUUCAGCUCUUUUUUUUUGCCUAAG